AUGAUGAAGCCCACAGCCCCAAGCUUUCGACCGGCACUUCAAGCCUCUGGCAAGGAUACAGGGGUAAGUCGAAUCCCACAUAAGCCUUCGAGUGAUAGUAGGGGCCAGAUACCAUGCCGGUUUUUCCUGCAGGGGCGAUGCAGCAAUGGAGCUAUAUGCCAUUAUCUACACCAAGUGGAGGAACCAGCAGCCAGGGAUGACCCUCGGUCUAUCCAUGAUCCCAAAUUGCCGACCGACUCCCGCUCUCCAAACGGCACCGCCACCAGAGCAUUAAGCAACGUUCUCAUUCGCUUCGAAUCGGGCGCCCAGGUCUCGAGAGUAACCACGUCAUCCGACUACUCGGCCGUCCAUAUUGACAAUCUGCCCGCAAACAGCUCUCGAGAAUCAAUCCUCGAAUUCCUGUCUUCACAAGGCAUUAGCCUACUAAAGUCGCCUCACAUCAGAGUUGUGCAUCUGGACUCCAAAUCGACUGCCAAUGUCAAGGUCGAACAUCCCGACUUCGCGAAACAAGUGUGCGCGAAGCUAGGGCCGCAGAUUGCGUCACGGGAAGGCAACCCGUCGCAGCCAGUAGCGACCCCAGUACAGCCCCUUUUGUAUGGAGAUGCAAAUACUCUCCGCAUUGAUCACAGGAAGAUCUACUUCUCCUGGCACAAACCAAGCAAGACCGUCUGGCUCAACUUUGGAAGUGGCGAGAUUGCCAGCCGUGUCGACAAGAAGUUCAAGGAUGGCAACUACCUUAUCAAGAACAAGAGGGUGACAAGCGAGGCGCUCCCUCGGGCGCCUGGCCGGCAUAAUUCGCUGGCUUGGACAAUCACGCUAACAGAUGUCCCUGCAUCAGCAACGGAGCAAGAUGUUAGGAAGGCAAUUCGAAUACAUACUGAUCAACCACGCGGAAUUCAACUUGGCAAACCCACGUACAGCGAAGAUGCGGAAACAUGCUAUGCAACAAUUCUGUCGCUCUUCAACCGAAUUGGGGAGCUGGAUUUCCACGAAUUAACCCCGGACCCUAUUGGAAAGCGCGUUAAAGCCAAAGUCAAAUUCUUAGACGCAGCUCAUGCACAGGAGGCAGAGUCUCAACUAAACAACCGCCCCCUUCCCUUCAACCGUAAUGCCAAGCUUACUGUUCAAGUCGUGCACUCUGCCAAGUUCAAGGUAUCCAGGCCUAUUUACCAGAUCGUCCGGGCGCAGCUUCAGGCCAGCAUCGCAGGUUGGAAAGCGAAGCAUUUGAGCUACACAGCUUAUGAGCAAUCCACUCCUCCCACAUCGCACGUCGUGCUCAAAAUCGAGGGGACCAAUAACGAAGAUGUGGCAGCAGCAAAAAAGGACAUUGAAGGUAUCACGGCCGGUAGGGUUGCCAAAGACGGAUCCUCGACACUGUGGCACCCCAUGCUUCGCGGAAGCGGGCCACUGCUCGCUGAAAUCGAGAAUAUCGCUCAACUCAGGAGAGUCCUGCUGGUUCGAAACAAGUACAAAUCCCAAAUACGCUUGUACGGACUUCCAAACAGGUGCGAGGAGGUCGAAACCUCGAUUGCCAAGGUCCUAAACAAUUCAACGUCCGAAUCACGUGAUAUCAUUCUCGAUGAGCGAAUGCUCAACAAAGUUUGUCGAGGCGGGUUUCACCAGAUCUCGGAGGCCCUGGUGGGUGGCUCGGUCAUACUCGAUGUGGUAUCUCGCCCCAAGCGGGUCAUUAUCAAUGGCUCCGUCAACAACUACGAGACCGCGUUGAAGAUUCUAUGUGGAGAAGCCGACCAAAUGCUAUCAACGAAGGGAACAGGUCUGAGUGACUGUUCAAUCUGUUAUACUGCAGGAACCGAGGCUAUUCGUACCAAGUGCGGGCAUACCUAUUGCCUAGAUUGCUUCGAAAACCUCUGCAUGUCGGCUACCAAGGAAGAUCGACCGGCAGAAGUGAAGUGCGCAGGGAAUCUAGGCCAAUGUGGCAUCAGCCUUGAUCUCCCCGAAUUGCAAGAGCAUCUAUCACCUAGCGCAUUUGAAGAGCUCCUGAAGAACUCCUUCGCUUCAUACGUACGAUGUCAUCCGACCCUGCUGAAAUAUUGCCCCACGGCAGACUGCGACUCCGUGUACCGCGCAGGUGCCGACUCUAAUGCCUUACCACGUUCUCACCAUUGCCCAACCUGCCUCGUCAGCGUUUGUACCACCUGCCACGCUCAACACGGGCAGAUGACUUGCGGCGAUUACAAGGAUCUGUCUACGGGGGGCUAUGAGGCGUAUCAGAGGGUGAAGAAGGAACUUGGAAUCAAGGACUGCCCCAAGUGCGGGACUGCUAUGGAAAAGACGGAGGGAUGCAACCACAUGACAUGUCGGUGCGGUGCGCACAUCUGUUGGGUAUGCAUGAAGACGUUUACUGCAUCCAACGCCUGCUAUGAGCACAUGAAUAAAGAGCACAAGGGAAUAGGAAUCGCCGGACUGGAACAAAUCCUCGAUUAG